CAAUCGCAUCACCACAGACUUGCUCUUCGGCUUAUUUUUUUGUUUAUCAACUUGCUACGAACUCUGUCCGCUCUUUACUUUGUUCGCCUGUACAGCAGCUAUCUAGCGCUGCUUACUUCUUUUCUAGACCCGUCUUCCUGCACUACCCGUCUGCUGUCCUACUUAGACCCCGCUCUUUAUCAUGUCCAACUCAACCGGCUCUUUCUCUGCCCCUCCGCAAAUCCUCACCUUUGACGGUGUCCUUUCUGACUUUGACGGCACGAUCGUCGACUCGACCGAUGCGAUCGUGAAACAUUGGCAUAAGAUUGGCGCUGAGCUAGGCGUCGACCCCGCGACGAUCCUGGCCACUUCACACGGACGCCGCAGCAUCGACACGCUGCAACUGUAUGACCCGAGCAAAGCCAACUGGGAGUACGUCAGCUAUGUCGAAGGCUGUAUCCCCAAGGAGUAUGGAUCCGACGCCGUUGAGAUCCCCGGCGCGCGGUCCCUGCUGUCAGCGUUGGACGAGGCUGGCGCGCGGUGGGGCGUGGUGACAUCGGGAACGCGCGCCCUGCUCGAGGGCUGGCUCGGCGUGCUGCAGCUCACACACCCGGAUGUGUUGGUGGUGGCCGAGGAUGUCGAGCUGGGCAAGCCCGACCCGCGGUGCUAUCUCCUGGGUCGGACACGCCUGGGUCUGGAGCAUUCGUCAUCGCUGGUCGUGCUGGAGGAUGCACCCUCGGGCAUCAAGGCGGGCAAGGCGGCCGGGUUUACGGUCAUUGCAUUGACAUCGACGCACACGCUGGAGCAACUUCAGGCGGCCGGGGCGGAUGUGAUCAUCGAGGACCUGCGGAGCAUCAGUGUCAAGGGCGUGGUGGACGGACGGAUCCAGCUGGAGGUGCGGAACGCGUUUCAGCGAGAAUAGAUGCAUAGAUAGAGAUGAGGGCUCGAUGCAAGGCGAGUAGUAGUGUGCGACGUACGCUGAAUGAAGAUUGCCCUUUUGAGGCUCUCUUCGAUUCGAUCUCCACUGCCGUAUCUUUGUUGUUGCAUAGACACAGAGCUUCACCACAGGUACAUUGUACAUACAUAGUUAUCACCACAAGAGACAUAGACUAAACCAGCGAGAACAUACCCA